AUGACGACUCGUUGGAUCAUUUUUGUUUUAGUCGCUGUGGGACUAGCAACACAUUUUACAACAACAAGUACAACAAAAACUGCAAUAAUAACGACUGAAUGUGAGGGUUUGGGGUGUAAAAGUUGUUCCAUUGAGUAUGACUACGACACAUACCCACCAACAAAGUAUGAGUCUUGUGUUAUUUGUAAUAACGGGUUUUAUCAAGUUUCAGAUAGUAAAGGGGUACUCUCUUGCAAAUCAUGUGGAACUGGAUGUGGCACAUGUUCCAGUGCGAGUGCUUGUUCAGUGUGUUCGAGUGGCUACAUGCUCAACUUAGAAAAAACAUGUACUAAUUGUUCAGUGUAUGACACAAAUUGUAUCUCAUGUGACUCAUCAAGAUGCCUUGGUUGUAGCACAGGGUUAUCUUUACUUAAUGGCAUGUGUACAAGUUGUUCUGGAAUAUUUAAUUCUUGUAAAAGUUGUACAACAACGAGUUGUACAGAAUGUUUGAGCAGUUAUGUCCUUCGUGAUGGUGUUUGUAUCCUCAAGACGGUAUUUGCUCCUAAUAAUUCAUGUGUUGAAUGGAACGCCACAGAUUGUACACAGACAGCCGAUGGAUACUCUGUUGAUGAAAAUGGAAAUAUAUUCAGUUGUUUGGAUAUUUGGUAUGGGUGUGGGUCCUGUACUAAGGAAAAGUGUUUGACAUGUAGAAACGAUUUAGAAAUGACCGCGUCUGGAUUAUGUCCAGCAUGUUCUGAACCAAAUUGUGUCUGUAAUACUGAACGUGGUGUGUGUAAUUCUUGUAGUAAUACAAACUAUCGUUUAGACCAAGACUUUACUAAUGCAUCUCCAACACUUUUUUAUUGUUUAUCAUGCGUCAAAGAAUACAAUUGCACAGGGUGUUCAACAGGUAGUUGUUCUGCAAAUAGUUGUCUGAGUGGGUAUUUUCGUUCAUAUGCACAAACCCAAAACAAAUGUCUUGCAUGUGAAGAUGCAAUUGUCGGAUGUUCUGUGUGUAAAACUGGCACUCCAAUAACAUGUACAACAUGUAAACCCGGUUACUUCAAAAAUGGCACGAAUUGUGUUCAAUGUUUAAAUUGUGGAAACUUGGGGUGUGACACAAAUGGGAAAUGUGUCGAUUGUGAAGAUUACUACAUCAAAAAUUAUGAUGGAAAUUGUUUGCUUAAUUCAUUAAAUAAUUGUCAAACGUCUGUAUACUCCCGAUGCACCAAAUGUGUUUCAGGAUAUCAUCUGAUUGGUGGGUGGUGUUUCAAAGAAACUUCAAUGAAUUUAGGAACCGAUACAGGCAAAGGAGUAUAUGUUGAGGAACAGAGUUCAUGCACCGGUGACUUAAAACUUGAAAAUGUCUGUGUUUCAUGUCAACAAUAUGUUGACAAAUGCACUCAGUGUAUUUAUAACACAUCACUUCAAAUUGAUGUCUGUGUCGC